UACGUGCGGGUUCACCGAGAAGCGCGUGAGGAACAAAUAGAGGACGAGUGGUCCCAAUAGAGAACAGAUCGCUGAAGCGUACCAGCCGGUGCAUGGGGAAAACAUAGUUAAAGAGCGAGUUGCAUUUCGUGAAAAUCUGGGGAAAGAAGCCUGAAAAUGGUGCUCUUGUGGGGUUCGUGUGUUUUCCUGAUGUUCCUGUAUGGAGCCAGUGCCCUGACAGCGGGCUUCAUCAAAUCCCCCCUGUCCCAAAUGAAACUUAAUGAGGACAGUGCCGAAUUGCACUGUGAGGUCAUAGGGAACCCCAUCCCCGAGGUGCAGUGGUGGUACGUGGAGGGGGAGGAACCCAAUGAGACCUUCGUGCAGCUGUUUGACGGGGCGCGGAUGGACCGCAUCAAGAUCAACGCCACGUACAUCCUCCACGCAACCAGCACCAUUUACUUCUCAAACCUCACACUCAACGACACGGGCACAUACGAGUGCAGAGCCUCUAACGAUCCCGAUCGCAACGACUUGAAGAAGACCCCAAAAAUCAAGUGGAUCCGCUCACAGGCUAACAUUAUUGUGUUUGAACAGCCUAUUAUUUUAACAAACCCCCCAGAGGUGAGUAAUAUGACCUCUGCGACUCUCAGCUGCAACCUCACCAAUGCGCCGUCCAUGAUCAAAGGUCACUAUUGGACCAAAAACGACAAGGUGAUCGAAGGGACAAAGGUGGACUCUACAGAUACGUACACAGAGUACAGCAUGCCGAAAAUUGAUGGCCAUUCAGGAGGAUCAUAUGCCUGUGUCUUCCUUUCUACUCCUGAGGUUAAAAAGACUAUUGAAGUAAAAACUCCUCCUCAUGUUGCGGCAUACAAACACUCUGAGCACGGGAAUGAGAAGGACAGAGGAGUGCUGGUCUGCGUGAGCCACAGCUACCCUCUGCCCACUGACUGGAAGUGGUAUCUUCUUCGUGAGGAUGGGGAGAAAACGGCUAUUGCCAAUGGAACUGACAAGUAUGAGAUUAAGAACACUCCCAACAAGACCACUCUGUACAUCCAUGACCUGGACAUCAAUCAGGAUAUGGGCGACUAUAUCUGCUACGGAGAGGGCGAGAUGGGCCAAGCCUCGGACAAGAUCCACUUGCGUGUCCGUAGCAGGCUAGCCGCACUGUGGCCUUUCCUUGGCAUUGUGGCCGAAGUCAUCAUCCUAGUCACUAUUAUCUUCAUCUAUGAGAAGAGGAGAAAGCCAGAUGAGAUUAAUGACGAUGAUGAUUCAGGAUCUGCCCCUCUGAAGAGCAAUGCUGCCACCAACCACAAAGACAAAAAUGUCAGACAAAGGAACUCCAAUUAGAGGAAUGAAGGAGGUAUCCUGAUGACUACUCUUCAAGACUUCGAAGUGGAGCAUUGAGUUGCCGAGUAGCACGUAAUCUAGUGCACCCUGCAUUUUUUAAUAUUCUUUUGUUUUAGUAUUCAUGUCCUGAGGAGGAAUGCUUUUCUUUUUCAUUCUUUCGUUUUCCUUUAUUAAUAUUACUCCUUUUUGUGCUGCCAUGGAAUGUGUUUGAAAUGAAAAUCUGUGUGGGGGAAAAAAACUGCAUGAAAAUUUAGUGAAAAUGUGUGUGUUCGUAGUGGAACCAUUGUAGUGUUUAUGUGGCAAUAAUAUAUUGAUGGAUUUUUUUUAUUAUUUGUUUGCUUCCUACCCUGUCCUCCAGUUCUGAAUCUGUGCUCUCAAAUUUGACAGCCCCAAUAGUGGCAGUCCUGAGGGAUGCUAAAUGAAGGAAACUGAUUCAGUGCAUUUGAACUGACUUUAAGCAGCUGAGACAAUGCGCCUUUGUGGCUGUAGAGUAACAUGAGUGGACACUGACAGACCUCACUAGUGGAGUUUUUAUUAAAAGCCUUAUUUAACAUCACCCAGUUUACUUCAUGCUAUAUUUUUAUUUCUUUUAUUUUAUUAAUGUGAAAUGCAGACUGAAAUGGCCACGACAAUGGCUGUGAUGCAUAUUUAAAUAUACUGUUAGGAUAAGGUAAUACGGAUAUCACCGUAGUGUUUGUGAUCACCGCAGCUUUUUUUAAAAAGGUAUAAGGUAUGGUUUCAGAUAUUCACAUUGCCUCUGUCAUAGAUGACUAUUUCCUUAUAGUAAUCUUUUCAAGGACCAAGUGGAGGAAGAGUGUGCCAUUGGCCACUUAACCUCAUUUAAAAGUUGAUUUGAAAAACAAAUUAUUUAUAUGAAUCAACAUGCAAAGUAAUACAUGUUUGUACUAUUCAGGUGUUUUCAUUUUUGCUAUAGAGCCUCUAAAAAUCUCGAAAGUGUCGCACAACUUGUGAAGGUGAUUUAGUGAGUCACAAAGCUAUUUUUACCCACCUUUUUGUAGACUUUUCAGGACCCAUACAUUGCAUUCACUUAGUAUUGUGAUUGGAUGUGUGCUCUUUGAUUUAAGUUGAAACGUACAUUGAAUCUAUAGACAUAAGGAUACAAAAUAUAUACUAAUAUGUAUAAAUUAUUCUGCCUGACUUUAGCAAGCAAGUAGCUUAAGUACUGUCAGCUGUAAUGACUUGCACAAUCUUAAUAAAGUUAUCUGAUUUGAUUUUA